AUGAAUAAAUUCACAAAUAAACUAUUUCGAAAAUCAGUUCAACUAUCACCUAGUCAAACUGCUGCUAUUAACAACAAUGGUGCUAAUGUAUCACCGAUUUUGUUAGGUGGUGGUAGUGGUGCUUAUUCGUCAUCAGGAAAUCUUUUAUCAUCAUCGUCAACUAGUUCAGCAUCUGCUAUUAGUAAUUCUACAUCUACUUCUUUUAUCAAUUAUCAUAGAUUACCUACUAUAGAUUUCGAUCAAAUAUUUCAAUCCUUUUUAAAAGAAGGAGAAAUAGUUAAAAGUUAUUAUUUAGUACAUUGUGUAUUAUCAAGAAAAGGACCAUCAUCAAGUGGUAAUUUGCAACAACAACACUCACCCAAAUCAUGGCAACCAUUCUUUAAAAAGAAUUCAUCACCUACCUUUAUUGUACUUUGCAGCAGUGUCCUCUUGUUGAUCGAUGCUUCUGCCUAUCCAUUUACAUUGUUACGAAGAAUCAAUCGUGAUGAACUAUCGGAACUAUUGAUCGAUUCAUCAGAUGUUGGACUCUUUUCAAUAGAACUAAAUAUCUCAAAACAAGCUGCACUUCAACCACAUCGAAUCAAUAGUAUACAAAACAAUAUGUUAUACUUUUCUGCUGCCACUGAAAAAAGAGAUCUAUUGGAUCAAUUUGAAGGUAGUUUUGUUGAUGCUUUUAAAGAUUUGGUAUCAAAUGGAUCAUUAGUUAUUAGAAGAUGUAAUAUGUUGGCAACAGAACAACAAAUACAAAAAAAAGAAUUAAAAGAAAAUGUUACCAAACUAUUGGAUGAAUUAUCAUUGAUGGGUUUCUCUGCACAAGAUUUAUGGGAUGGCGAUGUUGAUCUUAAAUUAUUUGUUUCAAAGGUUAAAGAAUUUAUUGUCCUAAAUGGAGAUGAUAGAUUUAUUGUUGAAUUUAUUUUACCUGCAGGUGAUGGACCAGAUGGAGUUUGUAAAAAAGUAUUUAGAGUACCAAACAAUCUAUCUAGCAAAGAUAUUGUUCAUUUCCUUUGCACCAAGAUACAACAACCAAAUAGUCAUCUCUAUUCACUGUGUACGAUAAAAGGUCGUGAAAUUCAAUUGGAUGACAAUCUCUCUGAAUAUGGAUUGGGUUCAUUUUUUGAUAAAUGGCAAUUAUGUUUGGUUGAACGUGGAAAAGUACGUAGAGCAGGUAUCUUUGAAUUGGAAGUUCAUUUCCCAGAGGCACCAGAGUAUCAAGGUAAACAUCAACGUAUCAUAGAGGUCGAUGGUUACAUGCCUGCCAUACAAUUGGUAAAGGAAAUUGCUAAAAAGAUGGACAUUCAUAAACCACAUCUCUAUACAGUAAAGAUGGAACCACAACAACAAGCAGGUUCACCUUCUGUCAUUCUAAACGAUGAUGAAGUUUUAACAAAGUAUGGAUUGGGUUCAAGGUUUAGAAAAUGUAAAUUAAGAUUGGUUGCAAAGAAAUAUCCAAAAGCUUCUCUUGACAAACAAAAAAUUCAAUCAAUCAUUCAAGAUGUUGUUGAAUCUUCAUGGAAAGAAUAUAGUGAAAGAUCAAAGGUGGUAAAAGAAGUUCGUUGUAGAGAGAUUAUUGAUCACAUUAUUGGUAUUGCAGUUGAUGAAUGUAUUAGAGCAUCCGCAUUGUCAAUGAGAAUUGCUUCACUUGGUGUAACUGGUCGUCUUGCAAUGUACAAAUACCUCACUCAAAAGGAACAAGAGGAAUUAAAUUACUACAAAAUGGCAGGUCAAAAACGAUUGGUUGACGAUGCCAAAGAUAUGAUUCACAAUCUCACUGCCGUUCUUGGUCCAUCUGUUCAUGUCGACAUUGACCAAGACAAUGAUGAAAAGUCAAUGAGAGUACGAAUUCCACCACCACCACCUCCACCCAUUCUUGGAUUCAAGAAUUUCAAACCAAAGAAACCUCAAACCACCAACAUGGAUGGUUCCUCCUCUCCAUCGUCAAUUGCCUCUUCCCAAUCCAAAUCAUCACAAAAUCUAAAAAAUACAGGUGGCAAUGCAUCGUUGGGAGGUGCAUUGGAUAUGUCACAGAUCUUGGCAAUGAGAGAAAAACUAAAGACAGCAGCACCAAUAACAAAAAAGGAAGUGGAUGGUCCAUUAUCACCAGACUCUAUAUUAAAAUCUGUAAAAUUAAGAGGUGUCAAUCAACCACCACCAGCACAACAAAUCCAUGUUACCAAUUCCAAAGAAACCAAUGAACUAAUGUUAAAAUUACAAAAAAGAAAUGCUGUAGUUCAAUCUCAAGAUGCAGAGGAAUUGGGUGAUUUUUAA